CAGUGGUAUGUAUUAUUAACUUAUCUGCGAUAGUUUCGAGAAAUUUCCUAAUAUAAUUUAUUUCUAACAUGGCGACUACAGAGGUAUUGACUGCUCGCCAUCAAGAUGAAAUGAUGGAUAUAGAUCAACCGAAUUUUAAAAAUGUGACAUUUGAUAAUGAUAGUGAUAUCACUGACACGGAAAAGCCUACUCCUAUUGAUCCAAAAGUUUUAUCUCUGGCUAAGAAAGAGCAAGGAAAUGAGGCCUACUCUCAAAAAAAUUACACAAAAGCUGUUCAACUCUAUACUGAAGCAAUAAAUCUUGAUCCUUCCAAUGCUGCAUAUUAUUGUAAUCGAGCUGCUGCAUACAUGAUGUAUCAAGAGUUUAAGCUUGCACUUGAGGAUUCAAGCAAAGCUGUUGCUUUGGACAACAAGUUUGUAAAAGCAUAUCAUAGAUCUGCGAAGUGUUAUAUUGCAACUGGGCAGGUUGAGCAUGCUUUAAGGAUGAUUGAAGCAGCUAGAAAUAUCGAACCAAAAAAUAAACUUUUAUUAGAUGAACUGCGUGCAGUGAAAACGAUGGCUGAUUAUGAAUCACAGAGUGCAAAAGCUUAUGACUGUGGAGACUAUCGCAAGAUAGAGUUUUGCAUGCGUAGGUUGCUUGAAUUUGCUCCAUACUGUGUAGGCUACAAAUGCCUUCAAGCAGAAUGUUUGGCUCUUCUGGGAAAAUUUAAUGAUGCUCAAGUAAUAGCAAAUGAAGUUUUGAGAAAAGACUCCAAUAAUGCUGAUGCUUUAUUUGUACGUGGACUCUGCUUAUAUUACCAGGAUCAAACCGAACGCGCUUGUAAACUAUUUCAACAACUUUUGAAAGUAGAUCCUGAUUUUAAAAAGGCAAAGGAAGCUUAUAAAAAAGCGAAAAGUCUUGAGUCACUAAAAGGUGCUGGAAAUAAUGCGUUCAGAGAUCAAAAGUACACAGAAGCCUGCGAUUUUUAUACAAAUGCACUUAAAGUUGAUCCUCUAAAUGUUAGUGCAAACUCUAAAAUAUAUUGUAAUCGUGCUACAGUUAACUACAAACUUGGACAAAUUGAAAAUUCAAUAAAAGAUAGCACAUCUGCAAUAGAACUAGAUCCAACAUAUUUAAAGGCAUACUUAAGAAGAGCAAAAUGUUAUAUGGAUACAGAAAAAUUUCAAGAAGCAGUUAAUGACUAUGAAAAAAUAUGUAAAAUGGAUCAUAGUGCUGAUAAUAGAAAUCUUCUAAAGGAAGCAAAACUUGAACUUAAAAAAAGUAAAAGAAAAGAUUACUACAAAAUAUUAGGCAUCCCUAAAUCAGCGCAAGAAGCAGAUAUAAAAAAAGCAUAUAGAAAAGAAGCAUUAAAACAUCAUCCAGAUCGUCAUUCAAAUUCAACCGAUGAAGAAAAGAAAAAAGAAGAAAUUAUAUUUAAAGAGAUAGGUGAAGCUUACAGUGUUUUGUCAGAUCCUCAAAAGAAACAAAGGUAUGAUUCUGGACAAGAUCUAGAAGAAUGUGGAAUGGAUAUGGGAGGUUUUGAUCCAAAUUUGAUAUUCCAAACAUUCUUUGGUGGUGGUGGUGGCGGGUUCCAUUCGCGAGGUGGUCAACACAGUCAAUUUCCAGGAGGGUUCUCGUUUUCAUUUGGUUAACAUUACUUUUAUUGGAGUAGCACUACUAUCUGAAGUUUACAGUACAAAUAUGAGACUUAAUCAAGCUUCAUAAACAGUGAAGGGACAAAAUGUUCGAAUGUUCAAUACAUCAAUUUUUAAAUGUAAUUUAUGUCAGAUGUUUAAUCAUUACAAAUUUGUAUACAA